CAUUGUACUACUGGUAACCGUGUUCAAAUAUUCGUAGAAUUCAUAAAAAUGUUGUACCGGUAUUUAAUUUUCUGAAUAGGAACUUUCUUCUUCGUAGAUUAGCGGAAAUGAAUCGGCUACAUCAUGAAAAGAUAUUUUGCUAUGACAUUGUCGAGUAUCGUGACCACAGUUGCGGACUGCCGUACAGUGUAUAGUUCAAGGUGGAUAGAUCAGCUUGCGCAUGCGUCAGUGGAUUUUUCCUGUAUUACUUGAUGUAAUGUUACAGUACGGCCAUCGCGGAUCCCGUAUUAGACCGCGCUCCCCCCGCGGUAUGUUAAUCCUUCCCGCGCUAACCCUCCGCGGGAUUUCAUCGCGGGGCAGAUUUAUACCGCCGCGGUGUGAAGUACCGUUAUAUACCUGUUAGGACAAACUAACUGUACAAUAGCUAUUUCAUUCGUCGGCAGAAAAUGAGUACGGCUUGCUUGUGGACAGCUAUCUCGCAUUACAUACCGGUAUAUUAAAUAAAUCAUUUUAGAAGAAAUGAAAAAUAAAAUCAGGGACCUACUAAAAGGAUUUAGCAUAUUUAAUACACCUCCAUUUUUUUUUCUAAAAAAAAAAAAACAAAAACAAAACAAAAAACCAGCAUUUAAUUUUGUUUUUUAAUAGUAUGUUUAUGCUACAUUUAAUGAUAAGGAUUAGGACUUGUGUCCUAAUAUUUUUUACAGCGAAAAAAUAUACAAAUAGAUCUACAAAUGACCGUAUACGAAUGCAAGAUUAAUAUGUUCUGUCUGUUUUAAUGGCGUUUGUGUAGACUUCGAAAAUUGGUUCAAAACUUUAUUAAUAACAAAAUAUUAUUUUGUAUGUUUUAAUUAAGAAUUAAAAAAAUGUAAAUGUUAUAUUAUGCUAAAAGAAAGAUUUUUGUUUUCUCAUUUCAAUCGAACAUCGUGUAUAUGAACACCUGUUGGGUCCCUGCUGCGCGUGUUCUUAAAACAACACAUGGGGGAGAAGACCCUGUGUGUAUAUGUUCAACGCGUCGAAUACAGGAUGUCAAAAUUGUAAUGUCUCUACUCCAGGUCAUGCAAUCUGCUAUACAAUCACCUUACAAUUACCUAUACCCAUCAAAUUUUACCAGUAAUUAAACUAGGGUGUUUGUUUUUAAUUCCUUCGUCAAGUGCUGGUUUCCUCGCUUACAACUUACUAAUUUCUUUUAUUACGGUACAUAUGAAUGUCAUUAGCAUCAAAAUUACUCUCUAAUUGCAUGUUAAAUCAAAAUUUAAUAUACGUUGUUGAGUAAGGCCACACUGUGAUACGAUACCACAAAACUGCGUUUUACUUGUUAUCUACUUUUUGGUAUUAUAUUACCUCCCUUAAAAUAUGCAUUGCGUUUUGUUUUCCUCUCUCUCAGAUAUUAAAAGCCCAAAAAAUGUAAUUAAAAUUUGAGAAUUUGGAUCCAAUUAAUAUUUUAUUUUAAUUAGAUUGAUGCUUUAUUUGUAUUGAUUACCAAGCGGUGUUCGUGUGGCUAGUCUAUUGUUGUCUUAGCAGUUUCACGGGUAAAGCGUGCGCUGAUCGAGGUCUGGGGCGUUGAAGCAGACAGGAAGUGUUAUGUAACAGAUAUACACAUACCCGAGACGUUCUCUACACAAUGAAACCUGUUAAAGGACAUAUCUCAUGUUUUCAAAGUAUACAAUAUUACAUGCAUUUUGUCUUCUUUAUGCUUAUAGUAAUUAAUUCUAAUAGUUCGUUCGCCGAAAUUUUGCGAUAAUUAACCACAAUACAGACUUAAAUCUAAGCCCCGAUUUCAAAAAGUCAAGUUAAUUAGGUAGGUAGUCACGUGGUACAGUGACGUCACAUGCGCCCUUCGGAUUGUGAAAGUACUGCGAGAUAUUAUUAAAAACUCUACUUUUAGGGGCCUAAUUAAUUUACCAUGGGCAACAUUUAAAUCGAUGUUGAUAAAUUGUCCGAGUUUUAUAUGUGUUCGCCACCAGUGCACACAUAUAACGAUGUAAAUACCCAAAUAUAGCGAGUAAAGCGUGUAUGAAAUCGGCAAAAUUGUGAGUAAAUAAUGUUUAUAUGGGUCGCUGUCUACAAACUGUUUGGGGAUGUUAUUCCUUUAUACAUCUGUAAUUGGCGCUGUUUUUCUAAAAUAAACAGUGCAGUCAUUAUUUAUUUUUGGAUUAGACAAAUUAUGAUACGUUAAAUUGUUGACAACUAGGCCCUAUGCCAAGCUAUUGUCACGUGUGCAUUUCGGAAAGAAAGAAAAAGACAACACACACACAAAUCAAUAAAAAUAUUCAAAUUUAAAGUGGUAAUCACAUUAUUUUAUUUUGAUAAAGCAAUCUUAUUACUAUUUUUGAAUUGUGAUCUGCACGUCUUUAGGAAGUACGAAGUGGGAGCACGGCGUUAUAGCCUACUGACGCACUCAAGAUGCUACGAGUUCAAUAAAGAAAUAAUUUUAUAAUUCAAUUUAAAGUUAGGAAAUACAAUAUUCUAUUAUUUGUAUAAUUAAAAGUUCAAUUAUUUUGUAUCUUUAUUUUUUGUUGAUGUAAAUCUACCAGUUGGUAGAAGUUACAUUGUAUCGUCGAUAUAUGUUGUUACAAGGUGAAGGUCAGUUGAUCCGAGUGUGUAUUGAAUUUGAAGAGCAAAACAGAAUGUAUGCUAUAGGCCUACCAGUGCUUAUAGCUUCGAUAUAUCCAUUUUCUCGCAGUUUAUCAGGGUCUCUGUCCAAGCGAUGUUUGAAAAGGUGACUGGGUGUGUUUUUUAAGGUAAAGUUCUUGCUCCAACAAAAAAAUUAUCCACGUCUUUUUUUUCGUACCUUCCUUCGAAAAAUUGAAAAAUACUCAGUCUAAACCCUUUCUACCGACAACUAGUACACCCGAGCACGGCACAAAACAUCUUAAUGCAUUAUUAUUCACAAGCCGUUAACGUGACAAUUGGUUUUUUGUCGAUUAAAUCUAAUCUGUUUAUGAAAUGGCUAAUAGAUGUUUUCAAACCCGAGGGCGCAUAUGACGUCACACAAAAUGGCGCGUAAACUAGCGAAAGAAAAUAUGCAUAUCGCAAGAUUUGAAUUUCAUCGCUUUCAAACUCGAAAACUACGCAAAAUAUUUCAUUUAAAACACAUUUAAAGUAGUUUUAGGCAUAAAAAGAGUUAAUUUUACUGAAAAAAUGAAAAAGUUUAGAAACAUGCGUUGUGUCCUUUAAGUUAGGACGUCUUCACAAUGUCUAGAAGAGAAAAUGUACUGUGUUAGGUAUAGCUAUAGGGACACCUAUCUAAUACUCUCUUUCGAAUUGGGAAAAAUGGUUUUGAGAGAAUAUUAAUUAGAACAUAUCUUCACACCACUUGUCCCCUCUAAUCUAACAUUUUGUAUCUACAUCUUUCGUAUGCUGCGGGUCACGUUUAUGGAGACGUAACUUGGGCAGUUUUUGUCAAAUGGUUAAAAAUUGUCCUCACUUUACACGUUUUAUCUUUCCCCUCUCAAAUUUUAUAUUGAGUUUGAUGAUGCUAGGCUUUCCUUUUCCUACUUUAAUAUUUGCGUGAUACAUGUUUGUUUGUUUUUUUAUAUUUGUACAAAUUCAUGAUUGUAUAGACUUAUAUUCCUGAAAAAUAUUUUAUGAAACCACCAAUCUGUGAUUGAUACUAACAGGGAUAAUCAGUUUUCGUGUAGUUACUUUUGCUGUUUCACGGGUAAAGCGUGUGCCGAUCGAUGUCUGGGGCGUUGAAGCAGACAGGGCGUGUUAUGUAACAUAUCACAGUUCAGUCAGCUAUGUUUUAAAAUAGUCUCUCCCCCCCCCCACCCCUCUCUCUCUCUCAAAUUUUAUAAAGAUUAGAAUUUGCUGAUGCAAGGUUUUCCUUUCCCUAUUUUGAUAUAAAUUCAUGUUAUCCAUGUUUUGUUUUGUUUUUAAAUAUUUGUACAAAUACAUUGUAUAGAAUUAAAUUCCUGAAAAACAAUUUAUGAAAUCACAAAUAUGUGAUUGAUACUGACAGGGAUAAUCAGUUGUCGUGAAGUUACCUUUGCCGUUUUACGGAUAAAGCGUAUAUAUAUAUGCACUUGUAUAUGGUCAUCUUCCGACAUUGGUAUAUGGUAAUUUACCCUUAUAUUGAAUGUAUGGUUCAAUAAAGGUAACAUGAGAAGUUUUUGUAAAUUGUGUUUUUACAAGCGAUGCAUGCACAUGUAUAUGACAAUUGAUUUAUUUAUAGUAUUGCUGAACAAACGAUCUGUUUUCAGUUUAUGAUCAGUAUAUUUUUUUUACGUUAACGGGAGAUAAUUGAUGGCAUUAAUCAUCUACAGGUGAGACCGCGGCGAGGAAAGCGGGACCGCGGGGGGAGCGCGGGAUAUGCAGGGUUACCUGAUAUAUACCGCGGUAACUCUAUCCCGCGGGGGGAGCGUGGAAAAUACGGGAUCCGCGCUGGCCGUACUGUACCUUUUUACAUUAGAGCUCUGACAAUGGAAGUUAUUAGAAAUUAUACGGUUUAUUAAUACCCUUUUCCAUACUGCAUCUUAUUUCCGUCAAAGAAACCUACAUAUCACCGAGCUUGAGGGCUGAUAUUCGUAUGUUCAUUAUAGGAGAUAAAUACAUAGUACCCCCUUCCACAUCCCAUGCAUACGUCUAUUUGAAGAACCGACGAUUGAUUAGUAUAGGGUGUGGCAAAAGAAAAGGUUUACAACUCAUUACGGGGUUUUAUCAAAUUCAUAGAAUAUUCUUUGUUUCUGUUUCUAAAUGUGUAAUAAGUAAAACAUGCGGUGUACAUGUCAUUAUUGAAAAAAAAAAGAUGUAAAAGAUUUAGAAAUUCAAACAAUAUAGUAAUUUUGUUGAUGACUGCUAAUCCAUAAUGAUUGUUGUAUAUCUGUAUGUUUUGUUAUUUCAAUUUUACGUUUCAUUGUGAAGUUAUAUAGAUUGUAAUUAUUACAAACCAUCUAUAUGGUAACGUAUAAGUACAUGGUAUAUACGAUAUGGAAAUCUUCUAGAUUUAUGUGCAAAAAUAUUUAGAUUUGAUGUCUACAUUGCAUAUCAUUACAACUUCAAUCAAUAGAAAACCCCUGUUCAACAUAAAAUCGAUAUACCUGUAUUACAAACGUUAUAGUCAAUAGUGUAAAGUUGAAAUGUCAACAUUGAUCAAACCUCAGAAUUUCAACUUCCUCGUAAUUUUCAGAACCAACCAACAUUUCUUAGAGAUGGGGCAUAUGAUAUGCCCCCCUUAGAACACAAACCAAAAUGAAGAUUUGUUAAAUUGAAGUUCUUCCCAAGGAAGUCAGCUAGGGUUUGUUGGCAAGCAUUUCUCCAUUAAAAUUAUCGUGAAAUAAAUAUUUAUGCGAACUUACAGUUGAACUGUUAUGUCCUUAUCUUGACAUGGUUUGUAUUUUUUGUUUCCUACAACGUUUUAUGAUGUGAAAUAAAGGUAUUUUGCUAAUACACUUUGUUUGCGACCGAUUGUUUGAAAAUCUCCGCCGGCUUAUCCAGAUUAAGGCAUUCUCAAGUAAAGAGGGUAUUUAUUGAUCUGAAAACGUAUUUAACGUUGAUCUUAUUUUAUUUUGAAUAUUCGACAGAGGAAUAUAGCAAGAGCAGUGUCAUAUUUCUGAAAUCACGAAUAUGGAUGCCUUUCAUCAUUAACUUGACGAAAUAAUGGCGACACCUCUAGUUCCUAAGUUAUCCCUCACACCGGUGAAGUUUAAUCGCUUGGAAUCACUAACAGAGGGUGAAGUGAGUACUCAUCGACUUACAGAGACAGACAGACAAGGUGAUGACAAAUCUCCCAAAAAGAAAAAGCUCAAGAAGCGUCUUAGCCGGCGUGAUUCUAUGAUGAACGUCUUGAGAGAUGAACUCAAAACCAUGGAAUCGCUUCCAGCUUUAAAAACACACCGACCGCCGAGUGUUCAGGACGAGUGGAUGAACACAGAAAAAAAUAAUAACGAAGAUGUAUUUUUAGAAGAGGCGAGAACUUUUCGCAGAAGAUACAGCAGUGUUGGAGACAAAGAUUUUAUGCGCGGGAUUCCGCCUGUAUCUCGACGUAGCAUAUCUGGAAGCUCUGAUGACGUCAUUGUCUCUGGCUACGAGCUAAAGAAGAUCCGGAUGCUCCAGUCGUUAGAAACAAUGGGAGUGACACUACCGAGGAAAGUCGAACAGAAACCCUCGGACGAACGAGAGAUUUUACAAAGUAUGGAGUUUGCCAAACGACAAAGUUUGUCAACAAGACUCUUACAGACGGUCAACAAAAAGCGCAAGUUUCGACAGCGUUCUCGAUCUCGCUCGAGAGAAACAACUAUCCGCUCCCCUCCCGCAGACAAAAUGACAGAAGAGGACGAUGAAAGUAGGGAUAGAGUAGAUUCCAUGUUGAACGCAAUAACUAAAAAAGUGAUAGACCCUAAUAAUGAGGUGGUGUUCGGAAACACGGCAACAAAAAACGUUAGCUAUGAUUUAGGCAACGAAGCCAUCGGUUCUUUCAAACGAAGAAUCAGAAGAAGACGGGUUCGGCCAUACAUUAAAUGGAAACGUCUCUCGAAAUUUAUUGUAAUCUUGAUCCGGGCAUGGAAAAUCCACUCGCAAUCAGUGCACUCGAUACUGGGAUUGUUCGAAUCCUUAGACGCCUUGACAAAUUCAUACGAGACCAAGGACUUACUAUUCAACGUUACCGAUUACAAAGCGGGAAAAGAGGGUCUGAUUUCUCAAGAACUUCGUCGGAUCUUGGAGAAGAAACCAAAGACGAGGUCUGCAGAGGAAAUACACUAUGUACAGAUUGCUUUAAGGAACUACAAAUCAAUAGCCGAAUACCCUGUGGACAUGCAGAAGAAAAUUGCCUCGUGUGGGUGGUAUGAAUCAUAUGACGCAAAACGGGUUAUUGUUAGAGAGGGACAUUUACCCAUGUGCUUCUACUUCGUACUCACAGGAUCAGCCGUUGUGUCCUUCCUUGAUGUUCAAUCCAACUCUAACAAGACGGUGCUUUUCCUCAAUCGAGGUGAUAGCUUUGGUGAGCAGGCGAUCAUGACAAGAACACUGCGGCAGACAACAGUCAUUUCCCGCGAAAAAAUAGAACUCCUAGUCAUGUCAGAUGAAAACUUUAUAGACAUCUUUAUGUCUGGAGGCCUCCGUGACGUCAACGACCCCUUUAUAAAAUCCCUAAAAUUCCUAGAAGAAUGGCCCGUGGAGAAGUUAGCAGACAACCCUAAGAAAGCAAUUUUCAGCUUUUUCAAACGAGGAAAGGUUCUAAUAAAGGACACCUCAAACAGCGACUGGAUAUUUGUGGUGAAAUCAGGUAGUUGUAGUUUACUGAAGAGACUUCGACUUAUUGACCCGACAAAGAAACGACCGAAGAGCAGGAGAAAGGAAUGGCGAGAAAAGGUCGAAGAAUGUUUAAAGCUUGGUGCUACACUGUCACAUGAAGACCAGAUUACCUUACUUCAUGACGAGGAGGUGAAGAAGUUAGAGCAGCAGAAUAUCACCCUCAGAUACUACGCCCUCCCUGAAAUCAAUGUGGCAACGAACGAGGCUUACGACGACCUACGCCACAUGCAUGACGAGAUGAUACAAAAUAACUUCAUCAAACGAACCAUCGAAGAUUUAAAGAAGCGCGCAGCUAACGAAGGCUCCAUUAUAACGGAAACCGAACUAGAACUUGAUGAGGAGGAAAAGAUGAACGAAGAGGCGAGAAAGUAUCGCCGGAUGUCGCUUGUGGACCUCACAAACCUGGUCUCAAAGGGACCAUUCAUGUCAAAGCCGAAGAAAACGGACAAUUCAAAGUCUGCCACAACCGUCCGUACUAAAACUGAGAUAACGGAAACACUGGAAGACGAGACCAUUAACGACUACACGCUAACCGGAGGUGACGUCACUCAGGAAAGAAUGUCUAAUCACCCGCCCUCAACAAAAGGCGACGAACCAUCCACCAUUGAAAAUGACGGCGGAGAGUACGUUUUCGUGAACUGUCACACACUCACGAAAGGCCAGAUUUUUGGUUUACAGGAUAUUUGUUUUGAGAAUCAGCCUAGCUUUAGUCUAGUCAGCAACGGAGUGGAAGUCAUCAUGAUAAACAAGAAAUUCUACACGGAGAACCUCACUAACAAUCAGCUUGUGAGACUGAGGGAACAUGUAUGGCCUUAUCCGACUGCGGAGGAUCUUCAAGCCACUCUAGAUAACCAUAUACGAUGGGACUACCACAAGAAGCUGAGCCUGAAGCAAACACUGAGAGAUGUUCGCAUGCGGAAUAUCCCGCCAAGUGAUUCCCGGGCUCAUUUGAGUGUCCCAAAAGUUGGGGAAGACUACAGUUAUUAGGAGAGAAAAGAGUUGUACUAUUUCAAAAUGAAAUAAUUUUAUUCCUUCAACA